AUUAACAGAGCGGGAGUAGCAGUCACAGCGGUAUAGUUCUUGGAACGAGAAGAGCCCCGUCACAACAAUCAUUUCAUUCAUCAAAAAACAAUCAAUCCCACCAUUCAUCAGGUAUCGGAUCAACGGGAGCCGGCGGGGGUGCCCCCGCCGGCUCAGGAGCUAGUAUCAAUGUCGGAGGGCAGCCUGUACAACUUCCAACAUUACCCAACUUGCCGGUGACUCAAACACCACCCGUUGCUUCAACUUCUAUGAUGCGUAGCACUUAUCAGCUCCCCGAAUUUACUCCAGCUAAAUGUAUCCACAUUAGAUCAUCCUCGAAAAAUUUAGCUACCACCAGAAACCAACAGAGUAUUACUAAAAUGCUGUUAUUAAUUAGUACUGUAUUUGUUCUACUCAAUUUACCGAGGUAAUUGACUCUUUCUUUUUAAUUUUAAUUAAGCCGUCUGUCCCCGAGGUCACUGGAGCUAUUGCGCAACUUGAAGGGUGGAUAAUCCUAUUUGCGAUGACGACUAUAUAAGAUUUAAUUUUAUUUUU